AGGAUAGGUAGGCUUCCCACCCCACGAGUCAAAUAAUCACAACGUGGACGCGCGUUGAAAUAGUGCAUGGAAAAGACAGCGAAAGGGGAACAUCCAGCGACAACUGGGUCGGUAUUGGUAUGGACAUCGACACCUCAACCUUCGUUGCCUACACAUUGUCUCUUUUACCUCCACGCACUACUACUUCCCUCUUUCCUCUCUAACUAUUAAAUACCAAGACACCCACAUUGCUUAAAUACCACAACUCUCUCCUUUUUUCUCUCUCACACUCAAUUUCGCGAACACCUUGUCUGCAUAUUCUCCCCGAACUUUCUUCUCUCUUUUUUUUUUCCUGCAUACUCUCUUCCUGUUGGAUUGCGCAAUGGAGCUUCAAUUGGGUCUUGCUCUUCCGGGAAAUCCCACUAAUAUGCUUGAAUUGGAUCCAUCUUUCUCCAGUAAUCGUAUUGUUAGUGAUUCUAACUACAGGAAACGCACUUUUGAUGGUGCUUUUCAUAAGGAAAUGCCUCGAACUCUGCAGCUUCUGGACUGGAAUGACAGCUCGAAUAAGGAUGACGAUGAUGAUGCUCCCAAAGACACCGAGGAGACCUCUUGUGUAACCAACAACAAUGAUGAUGGAGAUGGAGGAAGCCUAGUGGGGUGGCCACCCAUCAAGUGUUGGAAGAAGAAAAAGCUUACCCGCAACAAUCAUGGCAUAGAAGUUGAGGAGAUUAAUCCAAUAACACAGGAGACCAAUGGCAGUGACAGUUUCAAUGGUAGAUUACACUCGAACUCUAUGUACGUGAAGGUGAAGCUGGAGGGAGUGGGCAUAGCUAGAAAAAUUGAUCUAAGCCUUCACCGUUCUUAUCAAACACUUACAGACGCUCUGCUUAGCAUGUUUGAUAUAUUGUUUGGAAUUGCAGGUGAUGAGAAUUCAAGAAAUUAUAUGCUUGCUUAUCAGGACAAGGAAGGUGACUGGUUGCUUGUUGAUGAUGAACAUGUUCCUUGGAGGACUUUUGUUGGGUCAGUGCAACGUCUCAAAUUGGUGAGGAGAGAAUAGACAAUAUUAUGUGGGGUUUCUGUUAUAUGCUUUCAUGAUCAACUUAAGAUGAUUAUAAUUAAAUAUGUAGUUCGAUCGUGUCUCAUGACCGGAGCUAAUUAAUUAAGUUAACUAGUGUAUGAUCAGAUUUGGUUACGUUUUUCUAUAUAUGGUGGCUUGUUUAUGUUCAUUGUUGUA